CAAUCAGUGUUGCUUCCUAAGAGGACAGUUUGAUUUCACAGAAGUGUGAUUGACUUGGAGUUACAUUGUGUUGUUUAAGUGUUCCCUUUAUUUUUUUGAGUAGUGUAUAUAUGGGCACGAGGUAGAUGCGGUGCGACUCAAGUUUCGGCAUCAAGUAGUGUCCCCUCUCUCUGGUCAGUCUCACAGGAGGAACAGAAAGAGAGCUGGAACCGCAAGAGGCGGAUCCUCUGCUGCUCUCUCCCUCCCCUCGCUGAGACUAAUGCCUUGUUCAAAACAACUAGGAACUCGGAAAUCCCUCUGACUUCAGUGCAUUCUAUACAACUAGGAACUCUGAAAAAAAACUAGAUCCGACUGGGAAAAAUCGUUUUGAACAGUCAUCCAACUAGGAUUUCCAAGCCAGAAACUCGGGCAUCUUUCUAGAGCUCUGACUUUUAGACCUGAAGAUCACUGAAGUCAUGAUUUGAUCUUAGUUCCCAGUUGUCUUGAAAGCACCAUGACCAUCAGAUGCCGGUACCAUCAGUCCAGUAAAAUAAUAAAGCAAAUUAUUUGCAAAUGGUAUCCAUGAUGAACAGUUUAAUUGGGUAUGGUUCAACUUUAGAACUACCCUGUCUCUGUUCCACACUCCAGUCGGUGGCAGUAAUGCAUCACUAAAGUUGGUUGCCAACCGCCAUUUAAAAACCACUGAAGAAGUGUAAACGGAAGUGAACAAUGACCAAGACAAAUUUCCACGUUAGCGUUUAUAUUGUUAUUUAGACAUGUAUUACACCAUGGAACUCAUAAUAUGAGUCAUUUAACUGCAGAGUAUCAUAAACCUAUCCCAGGCAGUCUUUAAUUCGCGUUGUAGACAGGACUUGGUUGAUCGAUCUGUUAUCUAGGUAACGAUAUCAAGCUGCUAAUGUUAGCUAACAAUGGCUAACUGUAUGGUUUUUCAUACUCAAAUAGCCUCCAUUAUGGAGGUGCUAGCGAAUGCAGCUGUGGCAGAGGUCUGUAAACUGGUAGACGACGACUAUGCAGUGUUUCGUUUGGAAAUAACUCAAAGCCAGAAAGAAAACAGUGCAUUGCGAAGGAAAGUACAGCUACUCGAACUGAAGAUGGUACGGGAGCGCGUCCUCGCCACUCGACCCAGUAGUGUCAAAAUCCUUGACCGAUACAGAGGAAUGGCAAGAGGUGAAGGACAUCUCACUGGAGGCCACAGGAGCUUUGUGAAGCCAGCAGGACACAAUACAUGGAGAGAUGACCAGCCAGUCACUGUUGAUGAGGGGAGUGGAACCUCAACCAAGAACAUUAUCGUGAUAGAGUCUGCAAAUGCAGAGGCUGCAGGUUCUGGGGUCAAGCUGGAGAGAUCUGAAGGAGAUGAGGACCCACUGCACAGCACAGACAUCCAGACUGGAGCAGCGCAUGGAGUGGCGCUCCCUGUAGCCACCGAGGACCUCACCACCACUGCUGCGCCCCAGGCCAGGACCCGAUGCAGUGUCUCGGAGUCUGCAAUCCGUGAGGACCUGCUGAUAUCCGGUGUUGCUGGCGGGGGAGACUUGACCUCUGAAGCGGAAGCGGCUGGUUACAAAACCUGACCCCGGAUCAGGACCCUGGAUCAGAAACCGUCCCUCUUCCUUCCUAAGUCAGAACCAGGACCGAACCAUGAGGGACAGAGUCUCCACCAGCACACAGAACACAACCAGUGGACAGGUAGACUGAACAAUCUCAAUCCUGGUGGUCAUCAGAGAGACCAUGGACCCACCCUGGGCUUCAGCCUUCGCAGAGAGUGGUGGGAGUCUAUCAGCAAGUCUGUCUUCUCCGUCAGGGUCUUGUUUAAUACCUGGUGACUGGGUUCAUAGAAAGCCUGAAGCUGGACCUAUGUCUGGCCUUCCUCAGUUACCUCAUGGUUACCUUACCAAUACAGACAUGGUCAGGUUGCACGUUCACCAGAAGAGGUACAUAGCCUAUAAUCAAUUUCAAUCAAUCAAUCAAUUUUAUUUUAUAUAGCCCUUCGUACAUCAGAUAAUAUCUCGAAGUGCUGUACAGAAACCCAGCCUAAAACCCCAAACAGCUAGAAUGCAGGUGUAGAAGCACGGUGGCUAGGAAAAACUCCCUAGAAAGGCCAAAACCUAGGAAGAAACCUAGAGAGGAACCAGGCUAUGAGGGGUGGCCAGUCCUCUUCUGGCUGUGCCGGGUGGAGAUUAUAACAGAACUAUGCCAAGAUGUUCAAAAAUGUUCAUAAGUGACAAGCAUGGUCAAAUAAUAAUCAUGAAUAAUUUUCAGUUGGCUUUUCAUAGCUGAUCAUUAAGAGUUGAAAAACAACAGGUCUGGGACAGGUGGCGGUUCCAUAACCGCAGGCAGAACAGCUGAAACUGGAAUAGCAGCAAGGCCAGGCGGACUGGGGACAGCAAGGAGUCACCACGGGCGGCAGUCCCGACGCAUGGUCCUAGGGCCCAGGUCCUCCGAGAGAAAGAAAGAGAGAAGGAGAAAAUUAGAGAGAGCCAAGAUUUUCAAAAUGUUCAUAAAUGACAAGCAUGGUCAAAUAAUAAUCAGGAAUAAAUCUCAGUUGGCUUUUCAUAGCCGAUCAUUAAGAGUUGAAAACAGCAGGUCUGGGACAGGUAGGGGUUCCAUAACCGCAGGCAGAAGAGUUGAAACUGGAAUAGCAGCAAGGCCAGGCGGACUGGGGGCAGCAAGGAGUCACCACGGCCGGUAGUCCCGACGUAUGGUCCUAGGGCUCAGGUCCUCCGAGAGAAAGAGAGAAGGAGAAAAUUAGAGAGAGCCAAGAUUUUCAAAAUGUUCAUAAAUGACAAGCAUGGUCAAAUAAUAAUCAGGAAUAAAUCUCAGUUGGCUUUUCAUAGCCGAUCAUUAAGAGUUGAAAACAGCAGGUCUGGGACAGGUAGGGGUUUCGUAACCGCAGGCAGAAACAGUUGAAACUGGAAUAGCAGCAAGGCCGGGCGGACUGGGGACAGCAAGGUGUCAGCAUGCCCGGUAGUCCUGACGUAUGGUCCUAGGGCUCAGGUUCUCAGAGAGAAAGAGAGAACGAGAGAAUUAGAGAGAGCAUACUUAAAUUCACACAGGACACUGGAUAAGACAGGAGAAGUAUUCCAGGUAUAACCAACUGACCCCAGCCCCCCGACACAUAAACUACUGCAGCAUAAAUACUGGAGGCUGAGACAGGAGCGGUCAGGAGACACUGUGGCCCCAUCCGAAGAAACCCCCGGACAGGGCCAAACAGGAAGGAUAUAACCCCACCCACUCUGCCAAAGCACAGCCCCCACACCACUAGAGGGAUAUCCUCAACCACCAACUUACAAUCCUGAGACAAGGCCGAGUAUAGCCCACAAAGGUCUCCACCACAGCACAACCAAGGGGGGGCGCCAACCCAGACAGGAAGUUCACGUCAGUAACUCAACCCUCAACACAGCACACAAUCCAAACAACACUCAGUCAAGGAGAGAGCUCAAAGACUAACCACCUGAACCACCUCUGCUGUUAUUGGGUCACAACAUGGGUGACCGAGCAUUAGGACAGACGCCGACAAGCCGUACGUGGUAAGCGCUUCGCAUAGGCUAAAUAUGUGAAGGACCACCAGAAUGUUCACACCAAGGAGAGACCCUUCAAUUGUAAGCUGUGUUAAGGCGUCCGCUUGCUUCCCAGCCAAAACAGUUUGGAAGAGUUUGUGCAUAUAUUAUGAGGCAAGCCGAAGUUCGGAGCUGAUGUCUACGCCCCUUCGUCAGUGACUGGUCAACAGUAGAGAUUCUCCAUUAAAGUCUUUGUUGUCAUUCAACAAGAGACGACUAGUUGUCAUGCACAAUUUUCAUUGACAUAUACAGCACCAAACAUCUUAGUUAGCUGUGCGUCAAUACAGGAUUACGAUUGUAUCGUACUAUACCGGAUCUGACACUCGUCGGAUGUGGCAGGGCUUGAAAACUAUUACGGACUACAAAGGGAAACCCAGCCGCGAGCUGCCCAGUGACGCGAGCCUACCAGACGAGCUAAAUGCCUUUUAUGCUCGCUUCGAGGCAAGCGACACUGAAGCAUGCACGAGAGCACCAGCUGUUCUGGAUGACUGUGUGAUAAUGCUCUCUGUAGCUGAUGUGAGCAAGACCUUUAAACAGGUCAACAUUCACAAAGCCACGGGGUCAGAUGGAUUACCAGGACGUGUACUCAAAGCAUGCGCAGACCAACUGGCAAGUGUCUUUACUGACAUUUUCAAUCUCUCCCUGACUGAGUCUGUACUACCUACAUGUUUCAAGCAGACCACCAUAGUUCCUGUGCCCAAGGAACUAAAGGUAACCUGCCUAAAUGAUUACCGCCCCGUAAUAAUCACGUCGGUAGCCAUGAACUGCUUUGAAAAGCUGGUCAUGGCUCACAUCAACAGCAUCAUCACGGAUACCCUAGACCCACUCCAAUUCGCGUACUGCCCCAACAUCCACAGAUGACGCAAUCUCAAUCGUACUCCACACUGCCCUUUCCCACCUGGACAAAAGGAACACCUAUGUGAGAAUGCUAUUCGGUGACUGCAGCUCAGCGUUCAACACCAUAGUGCCCACGAAGCUCAUCACUAAGCUAAGGACCCUGGGACUAAACACCUCCCUCUGCAACUGGACCCUGGACUUCCUGACGGGCCGCCCCCAGGUGGUAAGGGUAGGCAACAACAUGUCUGCCGCGCUGAUCCUCAACACUUGGGCCCCUCAGUGGUGUGUACUUAGUCCCCUCCUGUACUCCCUGUUCACCCACGACUGCUUGGCCAAACACGACUCCAACACCAUCAUUAAGUUUGCUGACGACACAACAGUGGAAGGCCUGAUCACCGACAACAAUGAGACAGCCUAUAGGGACGAGGUCAGAGAACUGUCAGUGUGGUGGCAGGACAACAACCUCUCCCUCAAUGUGAUCAAGACAAAGGAGCUGAUCGUGGAGUACAGGAAAAGUUGGGCCGAACAGGCCCCCGUUAACAUCAACGGGGCUGUAGUGGAGCGGGUCGAGAGUUUCAAGUUCCUUGGUGUCAACAUCACCAAUGAUCUAUCAUGGUCCUAACACACCAAGACAGUCGUGAAGAGGGCACGACAAAACCUUUUCCCCCUCAGGAGACUGAAAAGUCCCCAGAUCCUCAUAAAGUUCUACAGCUGCACCAUCGAGAUCAUCCUGACCGGUAGCAUCACCACCUGGUAUGGCAUCAGAGGGUAGUGCGUACAGCCCAGUACAUCACUGGGGCCCAGUACAUCACUGGGGCCAAGCUUCCUGCAAUCCAGGACCUAUAUAAUAGGUGGUUUCAGAGGAAAUCCCAUAAAAUGGUCAGAGACUCCAGUCACUCAAGUCAUAGACUGUUUUCUUUGCUACCGUACGGCAAGAGGUACCGGAGCGCCAAGCCUAGGACCAAAAGGCUCCUUAACAGCUUCUAUCCCCAAGCCAUAAGACUGCUGAACAAUUAAUCAAACAGCCACCGGAUUAUUACAUUGACACCCCCCCCCCCCCUAUAUUUGUUUUGUUGCUACUCACUGUUUAUUAUCUAUGCAUAGUCACUUCACCCCUACCUACAUGUACAAAUUACCUCUAAUCUGUACCCCCACACACUGACUCUGUACCGCUACCCCUUGUAUAUAGCCUCGUUAUUGUUAUGUUAUUGUGUUACUUACUUUUAAUUUAGUUUGUUUGGUAAAUGUUUUAUUUAUUUAAAUUUCUUUACCUCUUUUUUCUCCCCAAUUC